AGGUUAAAGUUCACCCAGUGUAACGUGUCACCAGGCUGUCCCCGCCGCACCGGUGUCACUCCACCCGGCUGCCCGUGUCUUCACACCCCGGUACCAGAGCCGACCUCCGCCGCACCGCAGGUAGAAUGGCCAAAAAGCGGAGAGAAAGACGGGAGACGGACGGUCUGUCGUCCGCUCAGGAGGAGGUGAAACCAGCUGCUAGCGACUCCCCGGUCAUGAAAGACGCACAACCUGAAUCGGAGGGCUCAGCACGCAUGUCUCUGCUCAUCCUGGUGUCCAUCUUUGCCUGUUCCGCCUCCGUCAUGUACCUGGUCUACAGGAACUUCCCUGAGCUCCCAGACGACGAAAUGGAAAAAAUCAAGAUUCCUAAAGACAUGGACGAUGCCAAAGCUCUGGGAACCGUGUUGUCUAAAUAUAAAGACACCUAUUAUACGCAGGUGUUGGUGGCCUACUUCGCAACAUAUGUUUUCCUCCAGACAUUUGCAAUCCCUGGAUCGAUCUUCCUCAGCAUCCUGUCUGGAUAUCUUUACCCCUUCCCCUUGGCGCUUUUCUUAGUCUGCUUGUGCUCUGGCCUGGGUGCUUCCUUCUGCUACAUGCUGUCAUAUCUAGUGGGCAGACCCAUGGUCUACAAAUAUCUCACAGAGAGAGCACACAAAUGGUCUCAGCAGGUUGACAAGCACAGAGAUCAUUUAAUCAAUUACAUCAUCUUCUUGAGGAUAACCCCGUUUCUUCCCAACUGGUUCAUCAACAUCACCUCACCUGUCAUCAAUGUGCCUUUGGGAGUCUUCUUCAUUGGAACUUUCCUCGGAGUGGCACCGCCAUCCUUCGUAGCGAUCAACGCCGGCACGACGCUGUACAAACUGACCACAGCCGGCGAGGCGGUGUCCUGGAACUCACUGGCUGUGCUGGGAGUGCUCGCUGUGCUGUCCAUCUUGCCCGUCUGCUUCCAGAAGAAGCUGCAGCAGAAACUAGAGUAGAAGAACAAGCACCUCAUCUGCUGGCCGAUCCCACGAUUCCCCCACACCCCUACUCCUCCCCCCCUCGGCUCAGGAACACGCAGCCGUCACUCAGGCUGCUCCGCCUCUGUCUCGGGCGCAGCGGCGGAUGUGUCGCUGCUGGAGGAAUCGCUCACUGGCCACAAAACGCAUGCAGUGGUGGGUUGUACCUGAUGUUCAGUAGAGUAUAAACUGGCUGCUGCUUGCACUAGGAUUUUUUUUUUUUUUUUUCUUUUUUCAUGUCAAUUUUGGCAUACUGUGUAAAUAGGAAUGAUUUACUUUGUUUUGGUUUUAUUUAAGCUUCUUCUCAUUGUAUGAUUGUUGCCAGACAUUUGAAGGUGCUACUUUUAGGAAACAUUUUUA